AUGGCUGUUCCUCCACCAGGAUACGACACUGUGCUUCUUCGCGAACACCUGUAUCAGGAUCUCAAGAACAAGUAUCUUGUGAUCCCUCCGGAAGCCCACGAGCCCGGCUUCAGGCCAGUCCAUGAAAUAGGACUGGGACUAUUUAAUUACUACCUUGUUGACCAGCACAGUAUCCAGGGCGCGGGGAUCCAUGGUAUCGCGGAGGUUGCGCUGGAUUUUCUCCUGCUGACGCUGGUGGGAGCCUGUUUCUUUGGCAUUUAUAAGGUGAUCUCCUCCUGGAGGAGGAGGGCUUCGAAACCCGUGCUGCUUAAAAAACAACAAACCGAGGACCUCGAAAAGGGUGUUUCCAACGAUGUCAAACUCACGUACGCGCCAGAUCUGCCAUCUCUCGUCCACAGCCCCUCCACACCAAUCAACUCGGAAUCGACUUCGUCGAGCGUGCACACUACUCCGAUCACAAGCCUCAUGGAGUUUGAUAAUCCGUACAAACACGACUACAACCCAGAGCUCCAUCACAGCCUUCUCAUGAGCAGUCUCAAGAUCCAGUAA